AUGGCGAGGAGGCGAGUAGGAGGAGGAAAGUUGGCGGAGGCGCAGGUGGUGAGGGAGACGGUGAUGGCGCUCAAAUCCAAGAAGGGUUGCACGCCCGGCGGGGUUGCGAGGCGGGUGAGGCGAAAGUUUGGACCCAAGCUGCCGCCCAAGUUCAAGUUCGUCAUCUGCCGGACGAUGUUUGGGCUUGCUCAGGGCGGGCGCGUGGAGCGAGUGCGGGGCAGUACCGUGGGAGGGUACUAUGAUACCACUACACCAGCUGCGCUGGUACACGUAACACACCUCAAGCCCAUACUGUCUAUUGAGUCGUUUCGCGCCUUUUCUUGCCCUAAACCCUUGAUGAAGAAGGGAAAAGACGCCGCGCCGGCGCUGGAUCUGCCGGUGGCGGUGGAGAAUGCGGACACGGGCGAGGACUGGCGCAUCAAGCUCAGGCGAUCCAUCGACAUUUACAAGCCUAUGGUCGUGAGCUUCGUGGCGUCCUGGUGUAACAAGUGCAAGGAGAUCAACCCGCAAUUCGACGAGAUCUCGAAGAAGCACCCGGGGAUGUACUUCGUGAGGAUCGACGUCGACAUGCUCCCGGACGUGACCGCGCAGUGGGGUGUCAAGUCCGUUCCAACGUUCGUGUUCAUCAGGGGUGGACGGCAAAUCGACGUGGUUGUCGGGUCCAACAAGGAGGAAGUCGAUAGUAAGGCUGCGACUUAUGCCCUUCCUCCUAAACCAUCCCCGGAAUAAGAUCACAGGAAGAGCUCUUGGUAGAACAUCCCCAGAACUAAGUCUGGUUCUUUCCUUCCAGAUCGUGUUGACAAGCUCCAAUUGCAAUUGAUCAAACGCACAACGCUCAGAAAG